AUGAAAGAAAUGGGUAAUCCUUUCACGGAAGACACAAAUGAGCUGUUAAUAUUAGAUACCAAAGAGUGCUGCUCAUCCAAGUGCCGCAGAGAUGGUUGCAGAUCACGUUGUCAAAGGCAACAACCAGAUCCAUCAUCUAAACACCUAAAACAGAAACAUUUGAAGGAAGAAUGCCAACUUUUUUCCAAACUGUUCAUAUCCUGUCAGUCAAGAGAGUGUGAUUUCCAGGAAUUUUUUAAACAUGAAAACCAAGCAUUCCUUGCGUCACUUAGUGAUAACGGAAAACUUCUCUCCUGUCAGAAGUCUCAGCUUGUUCCACUACUUGAAGAUAAAAUAACACUGCCAGACGUACUUCCAGGUGUCGAAGUUAUUAUCAUUAAUGGAUUAGAUUUGGUUAAUGCUAAUCCACCUCGAACAUCCAAAACGUUUGAAGAAUAUGCUAUGAAGAAAUUUGCUUCCAAGAUCCAAUCUUAUUCUUCAAGGAGUCUGAGUCGUAAUCAAAUAAAAGAGAUACCAGAGACAGCAUUCUCCAGUCUCGUGAAUUUACAAGGGCUGGUUCUGAGUCGUAAUCAAAUAAAAGAGAUACCAGAGACAGCAUUCUCCAGUCUCGUGAAUUUACAAGGGCUGGUUCUGAGUCGUAAUCAAAUAAAAGAGAUACCAGAGACAGCAUUCUCCAGUCUCGUGAAUUUACAAGGGCUGUUUUUCCUGGCCGACUCUGAUGUUCACAAAGGGGAUUGA